GACGUAAUUGACAAUUGUCAGUAAACUUCAUCUUCCCGCUUUUAAAAUUUGGUCUUUUUGUUGAACUGUAACAUUAUUCGUGAAUUGUUGAUAACAUAUAGAAGAAUUUUUAAGAUCCGAUCUGUAAAACAUUUUCGAUGUUUUACAAGCUAUACUUUUAAAUCAGCAUUUAAAUCAAAAGAAUUCACGAAACUGACAGUUGACAAAACAUUUUGACAGAAGGCAGUAAUUUGUCUAGUAUCUGCUCUAAAAUUACAUGUGGUGAAGAACCGUUUUGUGAAGCCGGUUAAUUUUAUAGAGCAUACAUUGAAAAAUCUUGGCUUUUAGAAGGUUUGCUAAAGUUAAAAAUGCACCAAGAAACAUUGCAACUAAUCCAAAUAUUAGAAAAAACAGUUUCACCCGACAAGAAUGAAUUGGAGCAAGCGUCGAGCUUUUUGGAACAAGCGUCCCAAACGAAUUUAUUAGGAUUCAUAAAGACCCUCUCGGAUAUACUGCGGCAUGGCGGGAACAGCCCGGUGGCCCGAAUGGCCGCCGGUUUGCAACUGAAAAACCAACUCACUUCGAAAGACACAACCAUCAAGGCCACCUACCAACAGCGCUGGCUGCUAUUCUCCGAAGAAGUCCGGGACUACAUCAAGAAGAACGUGGUCGGUGCCCUUGGGACCGAGACCAACAGGCCGUCGUCGGCCGCCCAAUGUGUCGCUUACAUAGCCGUAACCGAAUUACCGCAAGGACAAUGGCCGGAUCUCAUAUCGACGCUCGUAAGCAACAUUUGCCAAGGGAAUUCCACCGAAAUGCAAAAGGAGGCCACGCUGGAGGCCAUCGGUUACAUCUGCCAAGAAAUCGAGUCCGACGUGUUGGUGUCCCAAUCGAACGAUAUACUGACGGCCAUCGUGCACGGCAUGAGAUCCUCCGAACCGAGCAAUCACGUACGAUUAGCCGCCACGCAGGCUUUACUGAACUCAUUGGAAUUCACCAAGGCUAACUUCGAUCUGACCACCGAAAGAAACUACAUUAUGGAGGUGGUUUGCGAAGCCACGCAGUCGCCGGUGUCGCAAAUCAAGGUGGCCGCUUUGCAAUGUCUAGUGAAGAUAAUGUCGCUGUAUUACCAACACAUGGAGCCCUACAUGGCGCCCGCGCUGUUUCCCAUCACGUUGGAGGCCAUGAAAUCCGAGAACGACGCCGUCGCCCUGCAGGGUAUAGAAUUUUGGUCGAACGUCAGCGACGAAGAAGUCGAUUUGGCCAUCGAGGAUACGGAAGCGGCCGAAGCGGGACGGCCUCCUACAAGAGUAUCGAGGCAUUACGCGAAAGGAGCUCUGCAGUAUAUAAUACCGAUCAUUCUCCAAAAACUCACGAAACAAGAGGAGUUAGAUGAUGAGGACGAUUGGAAUCCGAGUAAAGCGGCCGGCGUUUGUCUCAUGCUACUAGCUACUUGCUGCGAAGACGAAAUCGUCCCGCACGUUCUACCGUUUAUCAAAGAAAACAUCAAAUCAGACAACUGGCGUUUCCGCGACGCUUCUCUGAUGGCCUUCGGCUCCAUUCUAGGCGGUUUGGAACCCAACACUCUUCGACCUCUCGUCGAACAAGCGAUGCCGACGCUGAUCGAAUUGAUGUACGAUAACAGCGUAAUCGUGAGGGACACGGCGGCCUGGACGUUCGGCAGGAUAUGCGAAAUCAUCCCGGAGGCCGCCAUCAACGAGAACUACCUGAAGCCGCUGCUGGAGAGUCUGAUAACCGAUUUGAAAGCGGAGCCCCGCGUGGCAGCCAACGUGUGUUGGGCGUUCUCCGGAUUGGCCGAAGCGGCCUACGAACAUGCCGCCGUCAACGAGGAGACCGGUACACCGGACACGUACAUUCUGUCGCCGUACUAUGAAUUUAUCAUACAGAGGUUACUCGAGACGACCGAUAGAGCGGACGGGGCUCAGGCGAACUUGAGACCCGCGGCGUACGAGGCCUUGAUGGAGAUGGUUAAAAAUUCGCCGAAGGACUGUUACGUUACGGUACAGAAAACUACGAUGGUUAUUUUGGAAAGACUGCAACAGGUACUGCAGAUGGAAACUCACAUUACCAGCCAUAACGACAGAUCGCAAUUCAACGAUUUGCAAAGCCUUUUGUGCGCUACUUUGCAAUCGGUUUUGAGGAAAGUUACGCCGGAGGAUGCCCCGCAUAUUUCCGAUGCCAUAAUGACGGCCAUGUUGACCAUGUUUAAUUCCAAUUCUUGUAAAAGCGGAGGCGUACAGGAGGACGCUCUCAUGGCCGUUUCGACGCUCGUAGAGGUACUAGGAGAAAAUUUCAUCAAAUACAUGGACGCUUUCAAACCCUUCCUGUACAUCGGCUUGAAAAACCACCAGGAGUACCAAGUGUGCGGCACCGCCGUCGGCCUCACCGGCGACAUUUUCCGCGCUUUGAAGCUCAAAGCUCUCCCGUACUGCGACGAAAUCAUGACCCUACUCUUGGAAAAUCUCCGCGAUCAAUCCGUUCACCGUAGCGUCAAGCCGCAAAUACUCUCCGUCUUCGGCGACAUCGGUCUCAGCAUCGGUUCGGAAUUCAAGAAAUACCUGGACGUCGUUUUGUCGACGCUGGCGCAGGCGUCCCAAGCGCAAGUCGACCGCAGCGACUUCGACAUGAUGGAGUACCUCAACGAGCUAAGAGAGGGCGUGCUGGACGCCUACACGGGCAUCAUACAGGGCUUGAAGGGCGACGGGCUGACGCCCAAUCCGGACGUUAUGGUCCUCGAACCGCACAUUCCGUUUAUCGUACAGUUUAUCACCGUCGUGGCGCAGGAUGACGAGCAUUCCGACGGGACGGUGGCCGUCGCCGCGGGCAUCGUCGGCGAUUUGUGCACGGCCUUCGGCAGUCCGAUGGUGCAAUUGUUGGAUUUGGCUUCGAUCAACGAGAUGCUGGCCCAAGGUAGACGCAGCCGCGUCGGCAGGACCAAGACGUUGGCGACGUGGGCUUCGAAGGAGUUGAGGAAACUUAAGAUGCCGGCUCCCGCGGCAGCCGCUAGCUGAUUCUUCUUGAUUACUUAGUAAAAAGCAAGUGAUUGUCAACAACAUCAUCAUCAUUGUACAUUUCCUAUGUUGUUUAUAUUCAAAAUUUCAACUAGAAUUAUUUUUGUUUACUUUUAUAAAAUUGAUGAUGACUUAACGUCUCAGGAAUCAAAAAUUCAAAAAAAAAUAUGUAAUGAUCGUUUCAGUCAUUAGAACGGGGGUAUAAAUGUUGGCCCCCUCGCAUCAUGUUUUUUUAGAUCGAUACUGAUUGAUACUGUGCUGUGCAAGGAACUUUGGAAACCGUUUGGUGAUAAUUUCGUAGCAAAUGAACGCUUGUAAAUAGUGUCUGUUAUAGUUCGCGUCGACAGACUCGUUUUCAGCUCAAGACUGAUGAAUGAAGUGAUGGCAUUUCAGUAUCACUUGGUGCGUCAG